UUUUAAAGACAUUUAUUUUUGCAAUCGUUUUUCGUCUGCCGGAAACGCAAGACAUCAGGCCGUGCCAUUUUAGAUCGUUUUGCAUCUCUCUUUCGAAUUGGACAUACAUCUAAUGAAUUGGUCAUGUUUUUCGCGUAAUGUUGCUGCCGUUUUGACGGUUGCAGCCAACGGGAACGGUGAUAAUUUCUUAACGAUUCUUAGCUGCGUUGCGAUCUUUCAUCAUUUCGAAUAAGUGCCGUGGGGGGUAUGAGAAGUUUCUCUCGGGUUUUCCACUGUCAUCGCGAACUCUUCACUUAACUAUUACUAACAUGACGUACACUUAAAACAAGUUCCUUAAAAUGAAAUUAAUGUUAAGUUGAGUCUAGCAUUGCCGAAUCCCAAAGAGGUGCUCGCUUAGACGAAACCUGCCAAGGAAAGUGAAAUUCCCGGCGAGACUGGCGCAACUGAAUGGGCGCAGCGAAGCGGACACUUUUAGUCGCAAAUUGGAUGGCACAAUUUGUCGCCAGUCGCCUGCAAAAUCCCUCAGACUAUUUUAUAAAGUCGAUGACAUGGCGCCGGCGAGCUUAGUCAUCAUGUUCGCCUGCAAACGGAAGCUUCGGAUCGCAUUUGGCCUUAUCUUCUGGACAAGUCUAGCCGUGGCCCAGAAUGCCAGCGAUAAAGUGGUCAGCGAUCGGGGAGGAAGUCAACAAGACCAGGCGGGUUCGGCUACCGCCAAGAGUUACGAACCACCUCCUGAAUUCUACCGAGGUCCAGGAUCCGGUUCGGGAUCGAAUACUUUAAGUGUUUCCAACACUCAUUCCAAGGGCUUCGAGCCACCGCCUGAAUUCUACCGGGGUCCAGGCUCCGAAGCAGGCUCGGGAUCACAUACUUUGAGUGGCUCCAGCACUCGUCCCUCGCUGGGAAGUGUGGGCGAAAGUCUAAGUGAAACCUAUAAUAAGUGGCGAGCUGGAGGGUCAAAUCUGCAGGACAGGAUCAGUGUGGGUCCUUAUGGAGCCGCAGGAGGAGUAUCACAUGCACCGACCGUGGGAAGUUUUGAAAGUAAUUCCCAUCCGUAUCCUUACGAGUACCACCACAGCAGCGUUGGAUUGGGUGGAGCAGGAGGAGGUGGAGCAGCAAGUGGCGGCUAUUUCGGAAGCUCCAGUGUCGAGGCGGGUAUUCCGUUCGACGUGUAUGGAUCGCGUCCGGGUCACGGUGUUGGCCACGGCCACUACUCCCCGCCGGAGUACGUGUAUCCGUACCCACUGGAUCCCCAUCCCCACGAGGUAGCCGCGCACAAGGGUCCCGGUCACGGUGAUGUUUCAUCCAAAGCCCUGCUGGCCAAGAGCUUUCUAAUCCCGCUGGCCAGUGCUGCAGUUCUGGGAAUCGCCGCCGCACUAGUCAGCAAUCCGCUGCUCCUCCAGUUGGGCACUGUUUCUGGACUGGGCACCAUCGUCGGCAAACGCAAACGACGUGCAACAGGUCGAAAUCUACUUACGAAGAAAGCCCAUAAAUACACUUUAUAAAUAUGCCAUUCAUAAGCGAUCUAAUGGAAAAUAAACCUUUGUCUUCAAUGAAUCUGUAUCGUUAAGUAGCAAUGCCUGAUAAGAUUUUUUUAAAAGCGGUAAACAUUUUGUGCAAACCGAAAGUCGGAGUUUGUUAACCGCUUAUCAUUUAAUAAGUUUGAGUCCGAACAAAACUUGGAAAAGCGUAAUUAUUUAGAUAAAUAUAACACUAAUCACCAGA